ACUGGAACGAGACGUCGCUGCUUUUGUUCAUCAACAGAAGGAGGGAGGAGGGUUUAGUGGACGGACAGACAGCUUCUUUGCCUGGUAGAAAGCGGUCUAUCAGGGCGGAUUAGUUGUGUUAUACCCUUUAAAAACAUUGGCUCUCUCUGGACGUGGAGGAUUUGAAUCACGGAAUGUCAAAGCGAGUGCGAAGCAGAGAGGUCUGCGCUGAUUGCAGCGCUCCUGAGCCAAGGUGGGCCUCUGUUAACAGGGGUGUGUUGAUCUGCGAUGAGUGCUGCAGCAUCCAUAGAGGUCUCGGGCGACACAGCUCCCAAGUCCGACAUCUGACGCAUUCUCCUUGGUCACCCUCUCAGCUGCAGAUGGUCCAGACGUUGUAUGGUAAUGGAGCAAACUCCAUAUGGGAACAUAGCCUUCUGGAUCCUUCCUCCUCAGUCAGCGGGAAGCGCAAAGCCAACCCUCAGGACCGAGUUCAUCCUAACAAGACAGAGUUCAUCAAGGCAAAAUACCAGAUGUUGGCUUAUGUGCAUCGGAUGCCUUGUCGGGAGGAUGAUAGUGUAACUGCAAAAGACCUCAGUAAGCAACUUCACUCCAGUGUUCGGACAGGGAACCUGGAGACCUGCCUUAGACUCUUGUCGUUAGGAGCGCAGGCCAACUUCUUCCACUCUGAAAAAGGAAACACUCCAUUACACAUUGCAGCAAAAGCAGGUCAAAUUCUGCAGGCUGAGUUGUUGGCAGUUUAUGGAGCUGAUCCUGGAGCUCUGGACUCAAGUGGAAAGACCCCCAUUAAUUAUGCACGACAAGCUGGGCACAACGAGCUUGCAGAGAGGCUGGUGGAGAUCCAAUAUGAACUCACAGAUCGGCUGGCUUUUUACCUUUGUGGCAGAAGACCAGAUCACAGAAAUGGGCAACACUUCAUCACUCCACAAAUGACAGACAGAAAUAACAGCCUCGAUUUGUCAGAUUUUGCAAAAGCUGCAAAGAAGAAGCUGCAGUCGUUGAGCAACCAUCAGUUUGAAGAACUUGCCAUGGAUGUUUACGAUGAGGUGGACAGAAGGGAAACGGACGCAGUGUGGUUGGCCACUCAGAAUCACAGCACACUUGUCACAGAAACCACAGUUGUGCCUUUUCUGCCAGUCAAUCCUGAGUAUUCAUCUACCAGGAACCAGGGUCGUCAGAAACUGGCCCGGUUCAGCGCUCGAGAAUUUGCCACCCUUGUGAUUGAUAUUCUAGCAGAUGCUAAACGACGACUGUGGGGUAAUUCAUGUGAAAGUCCGAAAGAAAACGUGGAGCUGAUCUUCCAAGGAAUAGACAGUCGACACAACAGUGAGAGCCAAGACAACGACCAGCCGGAUUAUGACAGCGUGGCGUCGGAUGAAGAUCCUGCGCAGGAGGCCACGUGUGGGGACAGCUGCACCGAUGGAAGGACAAAGAGCUCCGAGUCUUCUGACCUGUCUGAUGGACCAAUCACAGUGCAGGAAUUUAUGGAGGUGAAGAGUGCCCUGAAUGCAUCAGAAGCCAAAAUACAACAGCUUCUCAAAGUCAACUGUCAUCUAAGUGAAGAGCUGCGGUUGAUGCAGAGCAAGCUGAGCUCCCUGCAGACUGAAAACACAACGCUGCGAUGGCAAGCCCCCGGAGGACAACAACAACCCCAGGGGCCCUUUGGCCGGCAUCCGGCCCGCGGAGGCCGCGCCAUGUCCAUGUACGAGACGGGCUCCGCUCCGAGGCAGUACCCCCACCGGGUCGAAGCGGCUCGCCACGAAGACGGAGUCAUCUUACAGCCCUUCCCUACCAACAUUGGUAGAGGUCCUUUGGGGACAGCUGCCUCCUCCCUUCCUACCUUCCCCUCUCCCCUGUCCUGGUCGUGGGAUGAGAGAUCUCGAAGGGGCUGCAGUCUUGGAGGGCAGAGCACGAUGUUGGAGAAUGACUAUGACACAACACCCAGUCACUCCGAGCAGGAGGACACUGGCCCUCUUACAGCCCCAGAAACAGUGGAACCAGAGGAGGAAGGUGAAGAAGACGCCACCCUGCCUUGCACCGAGGACGUUAUCUGUAAAACCGAGCAGAUCACUAAAAACAUCCAGGAACUUCUUAGAGCUGCUCAGGAGACCAAACACGAAAGCUUUCUGCCGUGCUCUGAAAAGAUCUGCCUGGCUGUAACAGAGAUGGCUGCCCUGUUUCCAAAGAGGCCGUCUCUGGAGACGGUUCGGAGUUCUCUCUAUCUGCUGACCUCCAGCGCCAGCCGGCUCCACGGAGAGUGCCAGAAGGCUGCAGAGCACAACCCCUGCCCAUCGGACAUCCAGCUGGUCACUCAGCAGGUUAUCCAGUGUGCCUAUGAUAUUGCCAAAGCUGCCAAGCAACUUGUUACUGUGACAACCAAAGAAAACAACAACUAACUAAAAAAUAAAAAAAAAGCCAAAGACAUUUCUGGUGCACCCAGUAUUGCUUACAUUUAAAUUUAAUCAAUGUAAAUUUGUUGUCUGAUAGUAAUCAUUUUAAGCAUUCAGAUACUGUACAUUCCUUAAGGUGGGAAAAGUCUUUAAAAAAAAGAGAUGUCGUGCAAAUUUAUCAAUCAUACAAAAGCUAAGUUAUUUUUAUCUGUGCCAUGCAUAUAAACACAGUGAAAGAUGUAGGAGAAAUCCUGUUACUAUUCCUUACCUCACUAAUUCAUACCACUUGAUUUCUGAAAGUGCAAUGCCGUGUGAUUAUGUGCAACAGAAUUGAACAAAAAAAAAAAUCUAAGAAGCUUUUCACAUUUCCACUUAUCUGUAAUGUUGCAGCGGUGAAAUCCGACAACAAGGAUCACAACCUCUAACCAUUCCAGUCACAAUGGUUUAUUUUUCUAACUGUUUGUUUGUAGGAGGUAGUGGCAGUAUUGUUAUGUUGAACCUUUGUGAUGUUGCUUGCUUCACGUUUUAGUAAGCCAACUGUGAUGAUACAAAAAGCCUUCAGUGUUUUAGGAGCUUUGUCAGGCCAACAGGACUGCACACUUUUAUUCCAUCCAGCCGGUGAUUUGUUUUUAUCUUCUUUUUUUUUUCCUCCCUCAGUUGGUUGAAAAUGUGCUUUUUAGGUAGAGUACUUAUUGAAGUUCUAAUGUCACAGCCAUACUUAUAUGAUGUGUGUGUUUGUGUGUUUUUCCCACAAAGGUGCUCACAAAGACACCCUGUGUAGCUUCUGUGAAAUCCAGUUUGAAUUGAGUUAAAUAGCUUUAUGCAAAUAUGUAAGGUGUAUAUGUACCCAUGCAGUUUUCUAACUGAUUAAUCCAAAUGCUUUUUUAAUUUAUAAAUUGUACUUCACAUCGUUAAAGUAUCAGUGUUUGUUUUCAUAAGCUUUUCUUUAACACAGCUAACAUUAGUCCCGGCGCUUGGGAUGACUCAGCUGGUACGUAGUGGUUGGCUACUUGUGAGCUCUGUGCAUUUGGUGUGGUUCUGCUGUAGCUCCAGUGUUUUUUUACCUGCUUCCUGUGGUCAAACACCAUGGUUUACAGCCACCGAUAAAGUAACUGAACCCUGUGUGUGUGCUUGUUUGUAGAUGAGUUUGAACCAGAGGUGGAAAGCUAAUUCUCUGCACAGUUCAUUUAUCACUCAGGUUUAAAUUAGAUUUGUAAAAGAUCAAAUGUUUUCCAAGAAAAGUACAAAGUAUCUUCUUUUUAGUUGACUGAGUUACCUGUGAUCUUCAUCAAACAGUCAGAACAAUUGUAAUAUAUUGUUUUUACCAAAACACAGCAUCUAUAAUUAGGAAUAUAUUUUAUUGUAUUUAUAAGGCAGUUUUUCUAAUUGACUUGUAAAGAAGAGAAAAGGAGUUCCACAUCAAACAUGAGAACCUUCUCUGUUCGUCUGUAUACAGACACGUCAUGAAUCCCAACCUUUUUCGAAAAACUUUCAGGAACUAUAACAUAUUUUGUUAUUACCUUUUUAUCUUUGUUUAAAUGAGACAAAUAUUACUUUAAAUAGAUAUCGCCUGCCUCAAAUUAAUAUUCAGUUUAUUCUCCAUAAACUGAAAUUAUUUCAUUUCAGACCAGAUGCUUUGGUCACCAACCCAUUAAUUUAGAUUUAGGCAGGAUUGGGACCAAUUAUUUUGACAUUAAUGCAGUUAUUUAAUAUCAGUUACAUGGUAAACUUAGUAAUAUGCUAAAAAGUUUCCUUUCAUUGUGUUUGUGGUUGGUUCAAUAUGUUGAGUCAAUUCUAAAGUGGAUCAAGAAAAAGGUUGUUGACCGCUCAGGUGACCUGAUCAAGUGUGCUGCCUGGUUCACCACAUGUUGGAUACCGCUUUGUAAUUGUCUUUAAAAUGAAAAGUCACACAAAGAAGCUAACUCAUGGCAGAAUUAGCACUAUUUGAAAUUGUCACCCUCUAUUUUCAAAGCACACAAGUUAUAAAAUAAUAUGUAUGCAUAAAUCUCAAUUACAAUAAUAAAAAUAUAUGUUUUCAUAACAAAUCAGCUGAAGACAAAGGGUUUGUGUGUUUAAUUAAAUAUUCCUGAUUUCAUGUAGGCUAAAAUAUAACUGUCCAAUAUCCUAACAUCAUAUUUUAAAUGAAUUUAUAAAAUAAUUUUUUUUUAUUUAUUUAAACAUUUGAAAUAGAGUAUUCUGUGAGCUUCCACUCUGGUGUCAAACCUGAUAUUUACCUCCCAGUAAGUAUUAACUCCCACCAGCCCCUGGUUGAAAAACAAACCUUGUCUCAUGUAUAAUAAACUAUAAUACCUCAA